CCAAACACAGUGGCUUCCCUCAUCAGAUGUCAUAUAGCUGAAACAAACCCCAAAAAAAGAAAGAACCUGAAUCUGACAUAGAGAGAGAGGAGGAGGAGAGAGAGACAGGGUCCAAGAAAUGCGGACGAUACCGUUGGGAAUAUCAGCAGCAUCCCCAACCUCCUUAAACAGCUCCUUCCUCAACACUCUCAACCUCAACAGACCAAACCCUCUUGUUCCUCUUAGUAAUUCCACUUCUUCCAGGGUUCCUGUUCCUGCCUCCACCUCCACUGAUGACUUUUCUCUCCUUCACUUCUCCAAAUCUGGAGUUUGCAGAGCCAGUCAAGUGGCUGAUUUAUUUCCCACGGUGUCUCCCGAGAUUGUGGUCCGGGAGGCACGGUUGGAGGAUUGUUGGGAGGUGGCUGAGACUCACUGCAGCUCUUUCUUCCCCGAGUAUUCUUUUCCCUUGGACUUUGUUUUGAGGAUUGACCGGCUGGUGGGGAUGCUGGCCGGAUUUUCUCUGCCGAAUGGUUGUAAGAGAACUUGUCUGGUUGCUGUGAUUGGUAAUGCUGGUUAUGAAACGUUCCUCUUUGGGAGUGAUGAUUUCAAGGUUGGCGGUUUUGAUGGGAAGUUCAAUCUCAAUAGGAGGUAUGUGGCUGGAAUAUUGACUGUAGAUACUGUUGCUGAUUUUCUUCCGAGAAAAGGACCUCUUCGUCAGAGAAGGACUGGAGUUGCGUACGUAUCAAACGUUGCUGUCCGGGAGACAUUUCGACGAAGAGGAAUAGCUAAAAGGCUAAUAGCAAAGGCAGAAGCCCAAGCCAGGAGCUGGGAUUGCCGUGCCAUUGCACUGCACUGCGACUUGAACAAUCCCGGGGCCAUAAAGCUGUACAAAGGCCAGGGUUUUAAAAGCAUCAAGGUGCCGGAAGGAGCGAACUGGCCCCAGCCCAAGACCGGUCCGGACGUUCGCUUCAACUUCAUGAUGAAGCUUCUGAACCCCAAAACUGCUGGCUUAAGAAACGAAUAAGACGGACAAAAGAACAGACAAUUGGAAGGACAAAAGAACAGGAACAAAAACUAGGAUGUUUGAGAAUAGGUUGUAUAAAAUUAUGUAACCUUAAGAUGAAUCUGUGCUAGCAACCUGUAUUUUUCGUUGGAUAAAACGCUAAUUUUGUAAAUAUUUGGGGGGAGGUCUGGUUGGAGCAUCUUCAUAUCUUGUGAAGAUAUACUUCUGCUCAA